AUGUCAAAAGGUAUUACUCAGCCUUGGCUCAUUGCAGGAGAUUUUAAUGCUAUUCUUUCUACUCAGGAUUGGUUAGAUGGAGGGUCUGUUACUAAGAAUGAAAUACAAGAUUUUGGUGAUUGUUUGAGAGAUAUGGAGGUCACUGAAUUGCAAUGGAAAGGGAACUACUAUACCUGGAAUAAUAAACAGUGUGGAGAAGAUAGAAUAUCAAGCAGAAUUGAUAGAGCAUUUGGGAAUGAUGAAUGGAUGGAUAAAUGGGGACAUGUCACUACUGAGUAUGGGAAUCCAAGUAUAUCUAAUCAUAGCCCUAUGAUGAUAGUAUUACAAAAAACUCACCAGUAUGGAAAAGUCAGCUUUAAAUUCUUUAAUAUAUGGACUGAACAUGAAAGUUUCAUGGAUAAGGUGGAAGAAGUAUGGAUAAAAGACUAUGUGAAUAGCAAAAUGAAACAAGUGUGGUGGAAAUUGAAGGACCUUCAGCCAGUUUUAACUCAGUUGAAUAAAAAAGAGUUUGAAUAUAUUGGGAAGCAGAUUGAGAUGGCUAGAGUGGAAAUUGCAAAAGUCCAAGAUCAACUAAAAGAGAAAGCUACUGAUGAGAUAGUUGGGAUGGAAAAAGAGUUACUAAUCAAGCUGGAAAAAUGGUCAUUGAUAGAAGAAAGUGCUCUGAGGCAGAAGGCAAGGAUAAAAUGGAUUCAAUUAGGGGAUGCCAACAAUAAGUUCUUCAGCUCAAUUAUAUAG